AUGGAUUCUUAUCCAUUUUCUUCUCACUCAAAGUUUGUUGAACUACUUAGUCAACAAACUCUUUCGUUUGGUAACAAUGAAGAUAGUGUUGAACUAUCUUCAUCACAAGUUCCAUUUCAAAGCAGUCUUGGGACCGAUGCUUCAAACUAUGGGGGAGACACUGCGGCGGAGCGUAAAGGAAGACGCAAAUGGACACCAACGGAUGACGUGGUCCUGAUCAGUUCAUGGUUAAACACGAGCAAGGAUCCAGUGGUUGGGAACGAGCAAAAAUCCUUCGGUUUUUGGAAAAGAAUAGCUGCCUACUUCGCUGCUAGUCCUCUGGUUGCUGGCUGUGAAGAGAGAGAGCCAAGCCAUUGCAAGCAACGAUGGCACAGGAUCAAUGACCUUGUGUCAAAGUUCUGUGGCUCGUGCGAAGCGACUACUAGAGAGAAAACGAGCAGCCAGAACGAGACUGAUGUUCUCAAGCUUGCUCAUCAAAUCUUCUACAACAACUACAAGCAGAGAUUCACUCUUGAACACGCUUGGAAGGAACUGCGCCACGACCAGAAGUGGUGCGAGCUUGCUACUUCUAAAACCGAAGGGAGCUCGAAGAAGAGGAAGUGUGAGGACGGUGCUGAUUCCUCAAGCUCUCAAGCAACUUGCCCCAAGCGUUCCCCGGGUGUGAAGGCCGCAAAGAUGAGUGCUAAGAAGCCGGUGGUAGAUGAGCAGACGAUGAAUGGGUUCCAGACGAUGUGGACAAUCAAACAGCAGGAUUUGGCCGCCAAAUCAAUGUUGUGUAAGAUGAGUCUCCUUGAAGGUUCACGGGUCUUUGGAGUCAAAAUCAAAAGAAAGAGUUCACGGGUCCUUGGAGUCUUCUAA